AUGCCCAUGCCAAGCAUGGAUGUCUGGAAAGGAGCCAUCAACGGGAAUGUUGUUGAUAGCCUAGUAUCUGCGCAGAGCAAAAGCGUCCAUGGAAAGAUGAGACGCGCUGUUGCCGACCUUUACGCAAGCACUAACAUUGUUACGUACCAGUUGCGUAUAAACGACGACAUGAUCAAGUGCUUCAUCAAACGAGUGGACAAAGAUUUCAUCCAAGGAAGCCAUGAUGGUCGAAGAUGUGAUAUCGAUAAUUGGGUUCAAUGCCUUGCAUUUGACAUUAUCGAUGGGCGUCUCAAGGAAAGGAGAUCCCAGGGUGUGGAUAUGCUGGAUGGCUUUCUAGAGUCUCAGAAGAAAUAUCCUGACUUCAUCGACGAAACUGUGUUAGGUGCGUGCGUUAGCGGAAAUUUUCGGGCCAUGAGCGACACUACAGCUAUAGUGCUGGGAAGUUCCAUUUAG